AUGCCCACGGAUUUGAAAACGGCCAGUGUCAAAACGACAUAUUCCGCUGGAGCCUCGAAAAAAAUUCGCGGAUUGAUCGAAUCGUCGGAUCAACAGUUGCUCGAAAAAAGUGAUGUACUUGAUUCAGACUCUUCUCUGCCACUGACUCUCAGGACUCGCUUGUUUGAGCUGUUCAAUCAGAUUGAGCACGAGUUCGAAACGCUCUACUCUGAAAAUGUGGCUUUGCAAGAGAAAGUUGAUCUCCUAACUGAGAAAUUAGAGCAGACCAUCGGGCCUAGCACAUCAAAAGAGGAAGGUGACAUGAUUGUUGUCGAUGGAGCUCAGCAAUCCACCUCUGCUGUUGCUACCACUAAUUGGAAAGUCGGUCUCCCUAAGAAAAAUCCCCGACGCAGUCAAAUCUCACAGAGAAUCAAAUCGACUUACAAAACAUCGACUAAUAAGAUUGUUCUCAGUUUCAAGAACCCCUCCUACUCAUUUGGAUUGGUUCGUGAGUUCAAAGGUCACAGAGAUGGGGUGUGGGAAGUUAGCGUAUCAAAGUGUGAACCGCAACUCAUUGGCACUGCUUCGGCUGACCACACAGCCUGCUUGUGGUGGGUGCCAAACGGUGCCUGUCUAGUCCAAUAUUUAGGUCAUACGGGUUCCGUGAACUCCAUAAGGCUGCACCCACAACAAUCUGACCUCAUUCUAACUGGGUCAGGUGAUCAGAAGGCCCACAUUUGGAGGUCACAGAUCAAUGUCAACCUCUUGGAUAAGAGUUUUGCAUCUAGAAAUAAAAAUUCCUCUGAAGAAGAGCUCGACGCGUCGAUGGAAAAGGAGGACGUAGAAAGCCAAAUAAAUUCGCCGGAGGAAAAGUCAGACCCUAUCAUUAUCCACCAAUCAAAUCUCGAGUUACUAGGCCACAGUGGUGUCGUGAUAGCAGCUGAUUGGUUGUCGGAUGGUAAUCACGUGAUCACGGCGUCUUGGGAUAGGACGGCCAACAUGUAUGAUGCAGAAACCGGAGCGCUCAUCAACGUUCUCAAUGGACACGAUCAAGAGCUGACCAACGUCUGCGUGCACCCGAGCCAGAAUCUCGUGCUGACCUCGUCCAAGGACACGACCUUCAGACUCUGGGAUUUUAGGGAUUCGUCCAUGAGGGUGAACGUCUUUCAAGGUCACACCCAGUCAGUAGCCACUGCCGUGUUUGCCGGUGGUGAUUGCUUGGUGUCCGGAAGUGAUGAUAGGUCCAUCAAAAUAUGGGAUCUCAAGAACUUGAGGUCACCCACGACGACUAUCCGAGUUGAUUCUGCGGUUAAUAGAUUAUCAAUCAGUCCGUCGAGCAACCUCAUAGCGGUACCUCAGGACAACUGCCAGUUGAGAUUGUACGACUUGCAAGGAACCAGGCACGGGAGGAUUUCUAAAAUAUCUAAGGGCCACACUCAUAUGAUCAGCUCCGCUGCCUGGAUUGACUCAUCCUCAACAUCGGCACUUCCGGCGACGUCAUCAGCACUUCCGGCGUCAUUGUCAUCAUCGGCCUCAUCUUUUCCCUGCAAUCUGUUUACUUGCGGCUUUGACAGAAGAGUGUUUGGCUGGAGUGUCUAUUUGCAGAUGGAGAAAUGAUGACGAUGAUGAUGGUGAUGAUGACGAUGGUGAUGAUGACGAUGGUGUUGGAGCUGUUGGUAGUGGUGAUGAUAAUGAUGGUUUCGAUGAUGAUGAUGAUGAUGAUGAUGGUGUUGGUGCUGAUGGUAGUGGUAGUAGUGGUGGUGAUGAUAAUGAUAGGUUCGAUGAUGAUAAUGGUGAUGAUGAUAAUGAUGGUGAUGAUGUUGAUGGUGAUGAUGAUCCAGAUAAAAAUUUGAAUUUGAGAACGUUGGGAACGAACAUAAAGUAUUAUAUGUUCAAAUAUGAUAUGUGUGUCUGCGUGUGGUGUACAUUUUAUAACUUAAUAAUAACAAAUCAUAAUAACAAAUAAUAAUAAUAAUAAUUUACAUUUUUCAUCUAUUUUUAAUUUUUUUCGGAUUUCCCCAAGGUUUUAAAUUUUAUUUUUAGUUACAUGUGUGUUUAAUUAAUUGUUUGUCUUUAAUUGGUUGCUAUUUAUAACUUAUGUCGGACGACAUUUUAGCUAUAAAUAGUUAUUUUGACUGAUUGGUUGAUUUAGUGAUCGAUUGGUUGAUUGGUUGGUUGGUUGAUUGAUCAAUUGGUUGGUUGGUUGACGAAAAUUUUUUCUCUGACUCAAAGUUGAACGUUCAAUGAAUUGAGCAUAAUUGUUUG